AUGUCUUGGCAAGAGAUUGCAAAAGAUAAGAAAGAGAGAAUCGACGCCAGUAUUCCUCUGGGAUGGCGUCUGAAACAUCAGCCUACUGAUGCUUCUGUGAUGGGAUACACUGGCACUGCUGAUAUCAUGUCUCUUGACGAGGUCGCCAUCACAAACUCAUCAGCUACUGAUCUCGUGGCCAAGAUGGCAAAGGGUGAAUUGACUUCUGUUGCAGUAACAACGGCAUUUUGCAAAAGGGCCGCAUUAGCUCAUCAACUUCUCAAUUGCGCACUUGAAUUCUUCCCUGAGAUGGCUCUUGCGAGAGCUAGAGAGUUAGACGAGUAUCUUAAGAAAACUGGAAAAACGGUUGGUCCACUUCAUGGUCUACCGAUCUCCUUGAAGGAUCAAUUUAGGAUCGAGGGCCUUGAAACAUGUAUGGGAUAUGUUUCAUGGAUUGGAAAAUACGAAGAUCAUAAUUCGAUACUUGUGAGACUAUUACUCCAAGCCGGCGCCGUAUUUUAUGUUAAAACCAACGUGCCCCAAAGUUUAAUGUGUGGUGAAACUAUCAAUAAUGUUAUCGGGAGGACAGUGAACCCUCAUAACAAGAACUGGUCUUGCGGUGGUUCUUCAGGAGGCGAAGGCGCAAAUGUUGCAUUCCGAGGCGGAAUUAUUGGGGUGGGAACUGAUAUCGGUGGUUCGAUUCGUAUACCUGCCGCGUUCAAUUUCCUGUAUGGUCUACGUCCAAGUCAUGGGCGUCUUCCCUAUGGAAAGAUGGCAAAUAGUAUGGAGGGUCAGGAAACUGUGCAUAGUGUUUGUGGUCCUAUUGCACAUUCGAUAGCUGAUAUCCGAUUAUUUGUGCAAGCGGUCCUGGCGGAAGAACCGUGGAAAUUUGAUGCUAAAGUUGUUCCUAUGCCAUGGCGACAGUCGGAAGCCGAUGUUAUAAAGUCUAGAAUUUUAGAUGGUGGCUUGACGAUAGGAUACUAUGAUUGUGAUGCUGUUGUUCUACCUCAUCCUCCUGUCCUCCGUGGCAUUAAGACAGUCAUCGAUGCUCUAAAGAAGAACGGCCAUGAAGUAUUUAAAUGGACACCAUACAAGCAUGACCAUGCCCAAAAUCUCAUAAACGCAAUAUAUGGCGCAGAUGCCGGAAAAGACAUCCACGGCGUUCUUUCCGCAUCAGGCGAGCCCGCCAUCCCGAACAUAUCAGAUUUUGUCAACCCAAACAGCACCCCUCUUUCCCUCAACCAACUCUGGGACGUACAUCUCCAAAAAUGGACAUACCAAUGCGAAUACCUCGAGCAAUUUCGAGCGAUGGAAGAAAAGCUCGGAAGGGAAAUCGAUGCUAUUGUGGCUCCUGUAGCCCCUACGGCGGCGGUGCGUCAUGAUCGUUAUAUGCAUUAUGCAUAUACGACUGUGAUUAAUCUGUUAGAUUUUACGAGUGUGGUUGUGCCGGUUUUGUUUGCGGAUAGGGUGGUGGAUGGGAGGAUGGAAGGGUUUGAGGCGUUGAGUGAGAUUGAUGGGGUUGUGCAGGGGGAAUAUGAUCCCGAGGCGUAUCAUGGGGCACCGGUUGCAGUUCAGGUUAUCGGGAGACGAUUAACUGAAGAGAGAAUUUUGGAGAUUGCGGAGGAAAUUGGGAGGUUGCUUGGGAAUGAGAUUGUUUCUUGA